GCAGUGGUGGUGCUGCUGCUGGGGGCGGUUCUUUCGCUCAGGACGGCCCUACUUCGCCUAGGGCGGCGGCACCCUCUGCAGCCGCUACACAGGAUCCCGGGCGCCGCCAUCUUAGCCAGGACGGAAGCCGCGCAGGGCCCUGCGGCGCAUGCGCGCAGUCGCGGAACCCGGAAGCGGGGGUGUAGCGCUGCAGAAUUGAGGGUUGAUUCCUCGGCUGACCCCACAAUGUUGCAGGAGCAAGGGCCAGGGUCCUCCACGCCUGCCAGUUCUCCGACACUUCUUGACGCUCUGCUCCAGAACCUUUACGACUUUGGAGAUACAGAAGGUGAAACAGAACAGAAGAAGAUCAUAAAGAAAAAGGAAAACAAGAAGAGAGAUGUGGAGGCUGCAGUGGCCUUGGCAGCAGAGCCAUCUCCCUUACCUGGUUCUCUCAUAAGAGGCCAGAGGAAGAGGGCUUCGAGCUUCUUCGAGGAACUUAGAGAAGAGCGGCAUUGUGCUCCUGCUGGGACCCCCACAGGACCAGAGAUCCUUGCUGCUGCAGUUCCUCCCUCUUCCCUAAAGAACAACAGGGAACAAGUAGACGUGGUAGAAUUUCACAGCAGAAACAAAAAAGGAAAAUUGAUGCCAGAUCAUAACAAGAGCACAAAGGCUAAUCCUAGUGUUUUGGAGAGACAUGUGGAUAUACAAGAAUUUAACCUAGAAAAGGCUCGUUUAGAAGUGCACCGGUUUGGGAUCACGGGUUAUGGAAAAGGAAAGGAGAGAAUCCUGGAACAGGAACGUGCCAUUAUGCUGGGUGCUAAGCCUCCUAAAAAGAGUUAUGUGAAUUACAAGGUUUUACAGGAGCAAAUUAAAGAAAAAAAGGCAGCAAAGGAAGAAGAAAAGAGACUGGCCCAAGAAACAGAUAUUUUCAAGAAAAAGAAGAGGAAAGGACAGGAGGACAGGAAAUCCAAAAAGAAGAAGUCCGCUCCCAGUAUUUUGUCAAAUGGACGGAUUGGACAGGUUGGAAAAUUCAAAAAUGGAACACUGAUUCUGAGCCCAGUUGAUAUUAAGAAAAUAAAUUCUUCCAGAGUGGCCAAAUGAAGUACUUUAUUAGAUAAAACGAGGAUGGGAACAACUGAGUCAACUGCAGUGGCCCUGGACCCUGCGUGACUCUAGAUAGAUCGUUCUUACCACACAUUUCACAGACUGCUUUUUCAUUUUAGAAAAAAAGUCAAACAGAAGUAACAUUUCUAGUUGCUGAAGUGUCUGCUUCAUGAUGCUGAACGCGUCAGGCCCAGUGCAGCAUGAAUGUGAAGUGAACACACUGAAAAGUGAUUUUUAAUGUUCUCCAGCAGCUUCACUCCUGUUUCAUGUUCACUGGUAUUUGGUGCAUUUGCUUGUAAUACAAUUUUCUAUAACUUUACUGUUUUGUAAAUGCUAGUAGUUUACAUUAAAUUGCCUUAUAUUUUUAAUGAUUUUAUGUUGUGAUAUCAUGAAAGAACCAAGAAUCUAGUAAUUUAUCAGUUUUGUGGAAAAGCAGUUUUAAUUUUUAGCCUACCGUGUGUACAAAAUCUACUUCUUAAGAAGUUAUAUAAAUAAAAUACGUUUGUGGUGUA